GUGCACUAAAUUUUAUUAUCAUUUGUGACAAUUUACACAAAAUUUUGCUCUGCGAAAUGGGGAUCGAAUCAACGUACGAAAUUCACCAAAACGCUUACAUCAAGCUAGUCCUCCAUGCAUCGAAGCACAAAACUUCCGCCGUCAACGGCGUCCUCCUCGGCCGUAUCUCCGGCGACUCCGCCGUCGUAGAAAUUGUGGAGUCCGUUCCAUUGUUCCACUCCCAAAUUGGCGUCCUUCCUCCUCUCGAAAUUGCCCUAAUUAUGAUUGAGGAGUAUUAUUUUGAUAAAGGUUUAAGUAUUGUUGGUUACUUUCAUGCCAAUGAGAGAUUUGAUGAUUCCGAGCUAGGAAGUGUUGCUAAGAAUAUUGCAGAUCAUAUCUACAAAUAUUUCCCUCAAGCUGCUGUGCUCCUGCUGGAUAACAAGAAGUUUGAAACUUUAUCAAAAGAGGGGAAAGACAGGAGUCCUGUAAUGCAGCUUUACACCAAGGAUACAUCUAGGAGCUGGAAACUAGUGGGAUCAGAUGGAAGCAGCCGUUUGAAAAUUAAACAGCCAUCAGCAAAUGUCAUCCUUCUAGAUUUCAUUUCAUCGGGGAAAUGGAAGGAUAUUAUAGAUUUCGAUGACCACCUUGAUGACAUUAGCAAGGACUGGGUGAACACAGAGCUCUUCAAUUGAAGCUGCUAUGUGUAUCUCAUGUUGUUUCCGUCUCUGAAGGGAAAUGAUUCAUCACUUUGGUUAUAACAUUGUGAUCCAAUAGACGGCAGCCUGCUGGUUAUGCUCUCAAGAAAAGGUGAUACAUUUGUCAAAAGUGCUUUCAAUCUUUCAGAAAGACUCUCGAUAUAACAUGUUCUCCAGCUUAUUGAUAUUUACCCUGUGCCUAGGCCAUCUCGAUAUUAUCUGUUUUUACCACUUCUCCAGAUUUCCAUGAAAUACAAGUAAGCAGAGUGUUUAUUUUGAUCCCCCUUGUGUAGUUUCAUGCACAUCAUUUAGUUAUCGCUUUACUUCCCAAUCCAACUUGUUGGAACUGAGGCAUCACAUGACCAGAAGAAUUGUGUGAAAUAAGUGAAUUUAUCCAGUUGAGGCAUUCUUGAUUGAUUGAGACAAAAAAAAUUCCCUCAAUACAGCUUCACUCCGUCAAGCCUGUACGAGUAGUUGUUUUACUGUCUUAAUGUAAUGAGGGAGGAGAAUAGGAUAUUCUCAAAGUUUUAGCAAGUCCAUACUGACUAAUGGUUGUGCUUCUCUAAUGCCAUUUAGUUGCCACAGCCCUCAAGAUGAAGGGUUUGUUUUUAAAGUUCGUACCCUAUAUAUUUUUUUAUUAAGGAUUGAAGAGAAUAUUUGCCAUGACUUUUGAUGGUAAAAAAUAAUUUCGUCUAUAAGCAAAA